GUAAUAGUGGCAUGCUCACUAAUUAAGCAACAUCAUGACCGUCUUCGGUAGCUGUAGUUGCAAGCUUGCAACAGCUCGACAUCAGGAUUUAAUUUACGACUUAUAUUAAGUUAUACAGUCUGCAAGUAUGCAAUCAUGACAUUAUCGCAGACAAAGCUUCUCAAGUCCAAAUCUUGCCCAUUAUGAUUGCGACUAGGCUCAGAUUCGGUGCCCCAUGCUGUCUGCCUUCUGCAUAAACCAUUAGUGGAUCACACGAGUGCGGUUUCUUAUGGCGUCCGGCGGGCUGCGUUUGCUGGAGUUGACCAAACCUCACGAGCCAACAUGUAGCAAUCUUCCACCAGCUGCGCCCCUCCGCCAUGCUCAGCCCCAACGCUGGCCACAGCCUCAUUUCCGUAGUUCUUCUGCAGCCCUCUGUGUGCUUCCCCGCUUCCUUCUGUUCCUCCUCCUAUACCCAUCCAUCAGCAUCUUCGCUGCCAAUGCCCUCACCACAAAUGCGGCCUCCGCCUCCUCCGCCUCACUCUCCGCCCGCGUGGUCGUCGUAAACGACAUCGCGGGGCACUUUGAAGUCCUGGCAGGAGUGCUCACCUCGCUACACCGCCUGCUCGCGCCACAUCCAUCCUCCUCGUCAUCAGCAUCCCUGCAGCCCGCCAACAACCAAACCAGCGGCACCCAACACCGACGCCAACAACUACAACUACAACUACAACAACAGGGCACCGCUCCCAGACCACGUGUCGUAUUUACCGGAAAUGCCCGCGGUCCGGCCCUAAACGGUUUGCUGGACUGGCUGGGGCCCGAGGUGGCCUCGUGGGCCUCCUGGCACCCCCUGACCGGCAGCGGCGGCAGUGGCGGGGAAGGCGAGGGUGGCGGUCUCGGAGGAGGAAGCGCAGCUGGUGGUGGUGGUGGUGCUGGGGGUGCUGCCAACAGGGGGCGAGGAGGAGGCCGAAGAAAGGCCGGCGGCGGCGGAGGA